AAAAAAAAAAAAAAAAAAAACUCUAUCGCAAAGAUGAAUUCCUCAGCACUAUGUUCCUUUGUUUUGGCCGUGUGUCUGGUGAUGGUUUGCUAUUCUCCCAUGGCAGCAAAUGGUGAAAAAGGGUUGGCUGAAAAAAUGUGCAUGGAAAGCUUGGAGUACAAGGAUGCUUGCUUGAUGCUGCUAAAGCAAGCUGAUCCUAAGAUUGUGAACGCAGAAAAUGUGGACGAACUGGCUGAGGCAAUCCUAGAAUGGGCGGUGGCGAAGGCAAAAGACGCUCAGGCCUUCCUGAAGGGGUUGGCUCAGGUAGACAACAAGAAAGCCAUAGUGCAAUGUGCGAACUUCGACUACGAUGGGGUUGUUGCAUCCUUCAAGAGCGCCUUGGAAGAGUAUAAAGAUGAUCCUCAGACUGCUAGCUAUGAUGCCAAAGUUGCUGGUGAUGGACCUGCUGGUUGUGACAGAGGCUUGGCUUCAGAAAAUAUUAACAACCCUGCCAUUACUGCUCUUAAUAGUCAAAUUUCCACCCUCAGCAAGUUGGCCUUCAGAAUCGUCUCUAAAAUCAAGUGAUUAAGUGCAUUCCUCACUUUCUACUUGUAGUGCCAAUGCAUGCGUUCGUACGUGUUGGCGGUGUCGUUUUUCAUUUUUUGUCUCCUUUGGUGUGCAGGAGAGUGAUUCCAACUUGUU